GUUUGCAACAGUGACGGCGACGACGAAGACGGAGAAGGAGAAGAGGAACACGAGGACCACAAGAACAAGUCGCGGUGGCUGACAGCAUACGACAACCCUGAAGACACUCCAGACCGUACACAGGCAUCCUCCGCCCGGGUUAGCCACGACUGGGUCCCUCGUCUCGGGCCAUACGCGGUGGUCAAUCCCCAUCUCAAGAGCUUACCUGCCCAACUCCCUGUUCGCUCUCCCGACUUUGAUCCCCAGGAAGAUCCGACUUCGCAGCCUCUGGUGCAUCCUCUUCGCCUCGCUCUCAUUCGCUCUUUCAACCCUGGCAUCGACGUAGAGAAAUCGCAGCGUGGGCAUUCGCACGCGCAAACAUCUGUUGGCACUAGCGACGGCCCGCCUGAGAGUGCAUCAGACAUGAGUCGACGCUAUGAUGAUGGCGAGGUAACUCGCUACGGCGCAGGGGAAUCCUACCGGCCAUUCAAUGGCAACCGAUCACCACGUCGCGCAGCGUCGCCCCGACGCACAAGUCCGCCUCCGCGCCGUGCCAGUCCUCCCCCCCGACGAGCCAGCCCCCCUCCGAGACGGUCAAGUCCUCUUGCUAGACGCAAUAGUCCGCCGCCGCCUCGCAGACCAAGCCCUGGGCCUCGCCGCGUAAGCCCGCCUCCACGACGAGCGAGCCCGCUAUCGCGUAGAGCCAGCCCUCCGCCGCGAAGAUCCAGCCCACCACCCCGACGAACAAGUCCUCCACGGCGGCCACGUUCGCCCCUGAGAGACCGCGGCCGCACACCUCCGGUAGGUGCGGAGAACGACCGCUACGUGCCGGAUCGUACACCGCGCAGAAGUCCAGAUCGUUUUCGACGAGAUGUAUCGUGGGACCGUCGUGACGGAAGAGACAAUGGGCCGGAUAGCUGGAGACGGCGAGACAGAAGCCGCAGUAUACGCAGAAGUCCUCCACCACGGCGUAGCCCUGGGCCGCCCAUGAGAAGAUCGAGCCCACCACCUCGUGGCGGCAGAAUGUCGCCGAGACGAGAUGAUAGACGUGAUGACAGACGAGAUGACAGGGGCAGAUUCCGGUCGCCUCGUCGGGGCGGGUUUGACGCUAGGCGGCGGUCCCGUUCUCCUGACGACCGAAUGCGCGAUCGACCUCGCGAGCGAUCUCCACCGAGGCGGUCCCCGGGGCCUAUGGCGAGGCCCAACAACUUUCGAGGCCGAUCCAGAUCACCCGACCGCAGGGACGAGAGGCGUGGAGUGGAUGACCGCCGUGAAGACCGGAGAGAUGACAGGCGUGAUGACAGGAGGGAUGACCGCUACGUCGCUAACUACGCACGGCGGCCGUCACCAGGCCGUGAACUGGUUUCUGCAAACUCGAUCCCCAUCCACCCAUCGAGAGACUCAUCUCGCAAGCCCUCUCCACUUCCGCCCAUGUCGCGGAGGGACGAUCGAUCUCGGCCAGAGUCGCCCACUCGCUCCAGGCCACUGUCUAGGUCCUCGGCUAGUGCCACCGCCAGGGAGAGAAGUCCACAACGACCAGCUCAGGACUCUUCAGCACCUGGUUCGCUUGCUCGAUCACCCCCACGAGGACCUGCGGCUCAACGUCAGCCACCCACCGGACCACGAGAUAGUCGCGGGUUCUCCAGCCAGCCUCCUUCAGCUCCCUCUGCAGCAAGAGCAGGUGGCACUCCAUCAGCACCAAGGGCCACGCAGUCGCCAGCUAACCCCUCGAACCGCCAAGAAAUGCCUAGCCCUACCAUGCCUCCGACUGGUCCUCGAGGGCAUUUCGCCUCUCGCGGUGGAGCCCCGUUCCGAGGUGGUCGUGGCCCCAACGCUGGGAGCUGGGGUACGAACCUCCAGAACAGAAGCGUACAGCAGUCGGCUUCCGGACCGCCAUCAACAAGCGCAUCGGUAUCGCCUGUCCAUGGCGCUCCUAGCGGGCCGCGAGGCUCUAUUUCGCAGCAACAGAACUCUGGCCCGCCCACACCAACGCUCAACUCGAAGCCGUUCGACCCACCCAAGGGGCCAGCAGCGGACAAGAACAGCCGCCUCAGCCUUGCGCAGAGACUCCUGGCGGAGCUCCCACCCAUCAUACCAGGAGGGAAGCUCGCUCCGGACUUGAUUCCGCUGACUACGGGUGUGCUGCCUGAGCUGCAGUCACAUAUGGACUCGCUCAAGGAGGAGGAGGAGCGGAUCCGCAAGGAGAAGUACGUCAAGGAGGAGCGGCUGCGCCGGAGCCUGCAGGAGUGGGACAAGCUGGGGCGCGAGAUCAAGCUGCUCGAGCUCAAGUGUGAGCUGUCGACGGCGAGUCUGAGGAAGAUUGCGGGCGAGGAGACUGGUGGUGCGGCGUUCUAAGUUUCCGAGGGUGGAAGGGAACAUGUGUAGCCUGCAUUUGUAGGGAAUCAAGCCAUGGCUUGUGGGAGCAGAGAGCGGCUUUGUUUAGAGAGAAACAGGAGCGGAUCCAGCUCUAACCUUGACAGAUGACGACAUUUUUAAUCUUUUGAGGGAAUAGCUCUGCACUGGGGAUUUUCCUCGUGCUAUUAUUCAAGAACGUGUGCUUUUUCUGUGCUACACUGUUUGUGUGAAGCAGGGUCUGUCUACAUGGAUUAAUAUUAUUGCCUCCGGAGUCGACCACAUCAAGCCUUGGCCACUGACAGUAUUCUGUUGUGGAUAGCGAUGACAUACCAACAACACGUAUUUUUUGAGAGU